UCUGGGGCCAUGCCUGUCCUGGGCUUGCAGCCCUGAGGCCAGGGCAGUGUCUCAGCACUCAUGGCUGGUGCUCAGCAGGUCGAGGUGGUGCUGCUGGUGCUGGGUGGUUUAGCACAGACUGAUGUGAGGCUGCAGGCUCCCUGCUUGCUCCUGGGCAUGGCUUUUGGAGGAUCUUUGUCCCUCUGGACUCCACUUCCCCCACCCAGGGCUCCUGCAGCUCAGACAUCCCUGUGUGACUUCACACACAUCAGUGGCAGCGAGCCAGGGAGGGCAGCUCUGGCUGGGAAAAGAAGCACGAAACCUGAGAAGCAAGAUAAGAGCUUCAGAGCUGAAGAUCGAGGAGCUGGUGCUUUUCUUCCUCCACUCUCUGCCCUGUGGUCUGAGGGUCUCCCAUUCCCUGCUGCCAGGCAGGCUCCUGCUGGGGCUGGUGCUGUUUCCAGGAGCACGGGGCCUGCUGCCACUCAGUGCCCUGCUGGGGCACAAAACACAAGCAGGGAGCAGUGAUGCCCCCAGCCCGGCUCGGGGGGACCCUGGGUGGGCAGCAGAGCUGUGCACACGUGAGGGGUGUGCUCCUUGCAGGGGCUGCAGGGAAACAGCUCAGGGAUCAGGCAGGGGGAAGGCAGAGAUGCUGCUCCUUAGAGGAGCCCCUAACUCAUGGUUCCCCAGCACAAGGCACGUCCAGCAGCCACGGGGACAGCAGGCUGCAGUGGGCUGCAGGGUCAGUGCCGUGCCCCCAGCGUGGCAGCAGCCCCAGCACAGCCUGGGCUGACCCAGCGGGAUUAGGGAGCCUGCAGGAGGAAGUAAUUGAAAUCCAGAUUAGGUUUAAGCGGCUGCUACGCAGAGGGCGUGUGAGCAGAGGCUGUGCAGGGAGGAGCAGGUGAGAGGCUGAGUGGCAGCCCUGAUGUGAGGGGCACUGGGAGCAGCACUGUGCCCAUGGGGUACUGCCCAGGAUGGAUUUUUCUCCAGGCUUGGCUGAUGCACACCAGACAGAAGGCAGCGGUGCCGUGCUGUGGGACAGGGCACCGGGGAUGAGAUGGUCCCUGCCGUGAAGAGACAGCCCGGGCAGGAGGCUGCAGCACAGGGACAUGCUGGGCUGAAGCACGGGGACACUGUGCUGGGCUGCUCGCUUCAGAGGCCACCCCUGUGCACAGGGCUGCAGACCAUGUUCCACCUCUUCUCCCACUGCUGGUCGUGGCUGCAGGCCAUACAGGAGCCCACCAGGAAGGUGACCCUCCUCGUCAUGGGGCUGGACAACGCAGGGAAAACCUCCGUGAUCGCGGACAUGGAGAGAGCGCUGGCCGGGGAGGUGCUGCCCGCGGCGCAGCCCGGCCAGAGCCGCCUGCGGGUGGACAGCCUGGAGGUGACGCUGCUGGAGCUGCGCGGGGCACAGCGCGCCUGGCGCGGCCACUGCAGCCGGGCACACGGGCUGCUCUUCGUGCUGGACUCCGGGGACCUGGCACGCAUGGAGGAGGCCCGCAAGGUCCUGAGCCGCGUGCUGAGCCAUCCUGAUGUGUCCGGGAAGCCGCUCUUGCUGCUGGCCAACAAGCAGGACACGGCGGCCGCGCUGCUGCCCUGCGAGCUGAUCGAGCGGCUGAGCCUGGAGCGCCUGGUCAACGAGAACCGCUCUCCGUGCCGCGUCGAGCCCUGUGUGGCCGGGCGGGUGUCCCCGGCCCGCGCCACCGUGCAGGGGCUGCGCUGGCUGCUCCGCGCCGCCGCCGCCCCGGCCCCGCCGGACGCCGCCCCGAGGGCCGCCCGCAGGGACCGGCCGUCCCCCGGGGGAGAUGCUCGGGAGGGCGCGGGGAAGGACGGGGAGCCCCGGGCGCUGCGCCCCGCCGGCCGCCUCCUGCCCCUGGAGGAGAGCGCCAAGGGCCCCAGGAGGAGGAAGAGGAAGGUGAAGGUGAAGGUGAAGAAGAAGGGCUUGGGGCAGCCGAGCCCAGCGGAGGAGCCGGGAGUAGGGGCUGCGGGGGGGCUGCUGCUCCCCAACAGGGUCGGGCAGGAGGAGCCCACAGCCAUCGGGACGGCCAUCCCCCUGCCAGCACAGGGUAUGAAAAAGAAAAAAAAGAAGAAAAUCAAGAAUAAAAUCAAGUCCCGGGAACCUUCUCUGGAGCAGCAGCGUGAGGAGGUCUCAAGCACCUUUGAUCUGUACCGCCGGGCGAUGCUGGCUCUGAGGAUGAGGCAGGAGCAGAGGAAGCAGCCGUCGGCCAUCGCCCCCUGAGCAGGGUCCCGCAGGAGCCAGGCUGCAGCGGCGGCGGGCCGCUGGCUCCGGCAGAGCUGGGAAAUGGUCCCGGGGAUAAACAGCAUCUCUGUCCCUGCGCGGCUGGAAAGCCAGGGAUCCAGGGGCGAGCCAAGGAUCCACAGGGGCGAGCCAAGAGUCCCUUUGUAAGGCUGGCAGCCUCUCUGGCAGCCGGGCUGCAAACCCCAGUGAAAAGGGAACUUGCCGCCCCCUGUUAGUAUUCCGUGGAAAACUCCGUGUAAACCCGGAUUGUCUGUGGAGGAGAGGAAGAUCGAGCAAGCCCCAGGGGGACAGCUUGUCUCUUGAGCUGACCUGUGCCCCGGGAAAGCUGACUCGGCCCGGCACUCCCUGCUGCUGCCUGGCACGGCCUCGUUCCCUGCCGGGGAAGGAGGGAGGGCAGCCCCAGGUGCUCUGCAGAGGAGCUCCACAUCUGGCAGGGCUGUCAGGACCCGCUUCACACACCGGAGGAAGGUGAUGCUGUGCUUGUGCCACCCGUCAGUGAACAUUUCAGCUCAAAGGCAGCUGGUGGCGGAGGCUCCAUCCCCUGGAGCGUUCCUCCUGACCCUGCCAUCCUUCCAGGAGGGUCACUGUCGCCGGCAGCCUGGCCCCCUGCUGCCCCGGGUGGUCCCUGCCGUGAGACAGGAGCAGCAGCAGCACACCCGCCCGAGCUGAGCCUGUGACACACUGUGUGUGCCAGGGCAGCAGAACAUGUGUCCCAGCCCAA